UGCGGUCCAUGGCGCGGUAGAGCAGGAGAGCGCCCAGCAGCCCCGCCGCCUCCAGCAGCAGCAGCCCCCUCAGGACGCGCCGCGCCAUGGCCGGGGCUCGGCGCCUUCCGCCGCCCGCAGCGCUGCGCAGGCGCCGCCGCUCCUCGGCCGCACGGGCCCGUCAUGGCCGCGGCCGGGCGCAACAAAUGAGCCGUGUAAAAAUCUUCUCAGGAAAGGGAGGGCUUUGCUGUGUAUCCGGCCUAAUCAACGAGGGAAGACGUGAAUCCGUAUGGCAGGUAGCGGGUAACAGGAGAGCGCUAAGUGACGGCCAGGUGUUAGAAAUGCAAAUGACUUCUAUGUGGAAAUACCUUGUUAAGGUCUUGGGCGCGAUAUGCUUCAGUAAUCUCAGACCUAGGGAGAGGUUAAUAAUGCCAGGCGAGAAGAAUGGACUACUGAUAGUGGACACAAAGACAUCCAGCAGAACCUCAAUGAUAACGAAGAAAUGGAUAAAGCAAACUCAGCUCGACUGGGUAAAAGGUAAUUUACGGCAGGGGCAGAUUGUGACUACCGACUCAUGGCCACGGACCCAAGAAAACCACGACCCACAAGAAGAGAAAGACUGAGCAUGUUGACUGAUGAGCAUGAGAAGCAAGGCAGUCAUUAACUACCAGAAUAUAGGACACUAAUUAAUAAGGGAAUUAUGUAAUUUGCAGCCAAUGAACACUAAUUCCUUAGUUUGCUAAACUGUAUAAAUAGUAAAAACUUCUGAUAGUUGGCAUGCUUGAUUUGUGGAAUACCUUGGAGCCCUCAGGUUUGUGCAAUUCUGAAAUAAACAGUAAGCGUGUCUCCCAAGUGUCAGGAAAAUUAACCCACGAUGCCAGAGAUUUAUGUCCAAAAAGGAGACAGAGGACUCCUGUCACUUAAUUCGGAUAAAGGCCUUGGGCAUUUCCCAUGGGGUCUCUCAGAUUGUUGGGGGAUCCAGCCCUGUUUUUUAUCCUGACUUCCUGACUGCGUCUCCUUCUUUCUUUUUCCCAUUGACUGAAGUACCUGAAAGUCACAGACUUCCCGAAUCGCCUGGUCUGUGGUCCCCUUGAGUAUGCACUCCCUUUUCAUUAUAUUAAAGAAAGAAAAACCUAUCCAUAAUUCUAUUAAUUCUUUGUUCUUUUUUCUAGGAUCAGGAAUUUAAUGUGGCCUUGGCUGAGCAACAGUUUGUGUUGAUAGUAACAUUUUCUAGAACUAAGAAUUUCUUCUGCUGCUUCCCUAUCUAUAAGUUCUUAGCCCUGUCUACAAGCAGAUUCACAUGGUCUGUUUGUAAAGACACAGUCAUCUUAUUCCUUGCAUUUUCAUUGUCUUCUAUUAUUCAUAUUGCUCUUAACUCAUAUUAUGGGACUGACUUUAUUGCCAAAAUAAAAGCUCUUCGGAUUUUCCUUCAUAGGGACCUAAUUUUCUUUGUUAGAUGCUUUUCCUUCCCUCUGCUAGUGUUUUGUAAGAUUAGAUAUAAUAUUUUUGCUGCUCAUUCUUACAGGGUGAUUAAUUUUCCAAUUCUCUUUUCCCAGGUGGCUGAGUUUGCAAGUAUUGCUUGUACUCAGUGGGAUUUCUUAGUAAAGUAAUUCCUGCUGUGAGGAUUUUAAGUGAACAGGAUCAACCCAAGCAGCAGAAGCUUAGGGAUGUUGGAGAAAACAUGAAUCCAAGAAAGGAAUUCAUUGCAUUACCACUGUAGCAGUAGCAGCUCUAACCAGAGAGGGUCCUAGGUCAGGGUCUCAUUUAGCAUAUUGAAUUUGCAUUGUUUGGCAAGUUCUGGUCUGGAAAGAAACUGUAGUGUAUUUAGGGGCUUAAAACCCCUGUGCCUGUAGUUUUUGGGGUGAAUUUAUAGCAGCUGUGAGACAGAACACUGAACUGUAAGAGGCCACAUGAAAAAGGAACAGGCACAAAAUGUAAAAUAUGCAUCUUUGUUUUAAGGAGGCCGUAAUCCCUUUGGGUUUGGGUCCAGACUCCUGCUGGACCCUACACAGAGAUUGUUUGUCAUAUCUUGGCACUGUCUUUUAUUUCUCACAGAGUUUGGAAGAGUUCAGGUGUCGAGACAUGAUUCGUGUUGUCUCUGACCUUCAGCCAAAGGAUGAGUAGAUUAAAAAAAAAAAAAAAAAGGGUCUCACACUGUCGAGGUCAGACAGCAGUUUGUGGUAGCUCAGCAGGAGUGUAUUUUACUAAAAACCACUGCCAGAUUUUCAGUAGGAAAGGAGGCACACUGCUCCCCGUGGAUUGCUGAGCAAUGCAGCACCUUGUUACCUGGUAGGCAGGUAGGUGGAAAAGCCUGUACGCAAGGUGAAAAAAGGCAAGACUAGAGGAAAAAGAAUGAAAAGGAAGGAUUACAUGCCCCAGUGUGAAACUGGAAAUUGCUGAGCUCCCUCUUGCCCCUUGAUGUGACACUUGGACCCACCAAGCCAUAGUACCACCAGACAGAAGUAAAAAUGUCAGCUCCACAGCUCCAUCGCGGGGAGCCCCCUGAGAUUAUGUGAGGAUUACAUGCAGUGCAAAGGACCAAAACAUGCCAAAACUAACCUCACAGAUGUUGCAAAAGCAGAGGAAAAAAUCAAAGAGCAAGACACAACUUUGCUGGGAAAAUAUGAGGAACAUGGCAUAGAUAUUUUAAAGAAAAAAUUAAAAAACAAACAAAAAAAAUCUUCCCCAAAGUGAAAGCCAUCAAAAGGCAUGGCAUGCCAUCAAAAGCAGGGACAUGGACCCAAGCUUGCCCAAUUGAUCCCAAUUGAAAUCACAAGAUUUUGUUUCCCUUCCCGAAAGGAAAUUUCAUUUCUUUUUGGGGAGGGAAACGAAAUCUUGCGCAACAGAAAAGGAAGACUUACUCUGGAAAGAAGAUAUGAUCAAAUGAAAUGCAAUUGAGAAAAAAAAAUGGGAAAUUUAGUGACUCUAAGGAAAUGGAUGGGGAUUACAUGCAGUGCAAACAACAAAAACAUGCCAAAAGUAACCUCACAGAUGUUGCAAAAGCAGGGGAAAAAUUCAAAGAGGAAGACACAACUUUGAUGGGAAGAUAUGAGGAAUAUGGCAUAGAUACAUAAAAAAACAAACAAACAAACAAAAAAAAACAAAACAAAAAACUUCCCCAAAGUGAAAGGCAUCAAAAGGCAUGGCAUGCCAUCAAGAGAAGGGACAUGGACCCCACUGGAAUUGCAAGAUUUUGUUCCAACCACCUCCCGACGAGGACACAGGGAGGGUGCUGUGGGUCAAGGGGAACACUUUGUUCCCAUGCUCUGUCCUGCCAGCAGUUGGCAGAGCAGCAGUGGCGCAAAUGGGAGUCAAGGAAGCCUUAGGAAGCUGGCUCGGCAGCGCAGCUCCAGGAGCCAGCCACAGGCUCAUGCUGGAACAGGAGGCAGCAUGGGGGAGGCUUUAAUGCAAGAUGCCUUCCAAAGGAUCAGGGGUGGGGAGGGAUGCAGGUGUCUGGGAGAACAGCUCUGCUAGCACUUGUUCUGGUACGUGUUUAAUGGACACAGCUACAAGCACAGCUAAGGACGUGUACUGGCAUUGAUAUUGGUGAGUCUGCUUUGCCCUUGACCCAGGGCCGCAGAUAGAGGCAGACACUUCCCUCAGCAGAAUGAGUUUUUUGCUAUUUCCUUCCUUCUACCCAGAAUCUUCCCAAGCGUCUCUCUGUAAAAGACAGCAAACAUCCCGUCAUUUUCUACCACUGAAUAUAUUAAAAUGAAUAUAUUAAAAAAUUAUUAAGUGCAUUGUUGAGUCAGUUCUGCCUCCAGAAGUGAUUCAGGAUGGUCAGAGUUACAAAGCUAUUGAAGAUCUUAUUAAUGGAAAACAUUACUUUGUUUAUAACCUGCGGCUGCGUGCAUCCAGUUGUCCGAUCCAGACAACCCUGACUAGCUCUGCCACGUGAGCUACAGCAGCGGGGCACUCUCCACUUUGCGUCUCGCACAGAGAGCGCCUAAGGCUCUGAGCAUUUCCAGGACUUCGGGCUACAAAGGCAGAAGUGAGGAAGCAGACUCUGACUGUGGGGGCAACUGCAUUUACUACAAAGCACUAAACACGGGGAAUCCCGACAGCCAAAGACAACAGAGAAGGGUUGACAGCAACUUAAAAAGGGAGGUGGGAACAUGGGUGGAGCUAACCCUCCACCCAAUGGUGGGAUGGGGGGAGUGGAGAAGGGAAGAAAGACACCAUUGGAGGACCAAUGAGGAGUAACUUGGGGAGAGGCCCUGGCCCCUGAACCAAUCACUCAAUGCCCUGGGGAGAAGUUUCUGGAUGGAGAGGAUGGGUCGCCAAGUGAUGGACAGGCCACCAGGGAGGGAACAUUACACGGGAUGCAUGUGUAACUAGGGCAACUGGGGAGGAGACAGAAAAUUGACAGAGGUUGGGAGGGAGGAGACAACCUGGGUAGAACCAUAUUAACACAGCAAAAGGGGGGAAAGUGGAACAACCCAUAACUUACAGAACACAACACAACAAUAACCAUUUGAGUGCUUUGGUGUUGCCAUUUGAUGAUUAUUAUACUGAAUUAGGCUUUGUAAUGAGAAGGCUCUGACAUCUAAUUUGAACCUCUGACAUGUUUUAUUUUGUUCUCUGGGUUUCUUGGUGCAGGUAUGAAAUGGCUUAUCUAAAUGAUUUGAUAUUUACAACUCUCCAGAGUAUACAUGUAAGCACAGAACAUUUUAUUAAAUGUGGAGAUCCAGGUAAAUAUAAGAGGAUAAAAUAGAUUCCUUUUCUGAAGAUUAUGAUAACACAUCUGAAUUAUAAUCACCUCCCCAAGUCUAUUUUCAAGGAAAAAGUUCUAUGUUGUUUCAAAAACCCUAAAGAUACAGCUAUUUUAUUUUUCCAUUUCCAUAACAAUGGAAUGCAAAGUUACAGCUACAGGGAUGAGUUCUUCUCAGGAUUCAUGACAGAUCUGUAUUUUUGGGGAUCCUGUUUUGAUCCUGAAGUCACCUGGAACAAACACAUUGAAGAUAAAAAUAUUAUGGUCAUAAUAUAUGAAGACCUGAAAGGGAAGCUGACUGCCAGUGUAAAGCAGAUAGCAGCAUUCUUUGGAUUCUCACCAACAGCUGAGCAGAUCCAGGCCAUUGCAGGAAGGCACACUUUCCAGCCAGGAAUUGUUAAAGCUCAGGAGACUCAUGGUGCUGUUGGUUUGAUUCUUUUCCAUAAAGCUGUUUUUGGAGAUUGGAAAAAUGUUUUCACUGAAGCUCAGAACCAGAAAUUGGCUGCCAAAUUCACAACGAGCUUAUAA